AAAGAUAAUAGUCAAGGUGAUUUCCUUUCUCAUUUUGAAAGGAACCCUUCAGAAUUUUACCAUGGUGAACAUGCGCAACGCAUAACAUUACAGAGCACCAUUCCAAAAUCGAGAAAAAAAAAUCCUAAGAAACGCCAUCCGAAUUUCCCAAAUUGUGGCAUAGGAAUGCCCUCUUGGUUUCUCUUUCACCACACAAAUUCCCAAUUCUGACUUUGUUUUCUCUCUCACACUCGUUUAAAUCUGCAAUUAUUUUUCUUAAAUUUCAAGCAUGUCCGUAGUUGGUUGAAGCAUUGUGCUCUUCAUCGUACCGUUUUUUUUUUUUUUUAAUGUUUUGGGUUUGUGUCCUAUUCCGAUGAAUUAUGUAAGAGAAGCUGCGCAUGUCGACCCCAUUUCCGUAGUAAUGGCUGCUGCUGACAACACCAACCCAAAGGAUUAUUACAAAGUGCUGGAGGUUGAGUAUGAUGCAACUGAUGAAAAUAUCAAAUUGAAUUACCGACGACUUGCACUGAAAUGGCAUCCUGACAAGCACAAAGGUGACAGUGACGUUACCGCAAAAUUUCAGGAGAUAAAUGAAGCUUACAAUGUUUUAAGUGAUCCUGCCAAGCGUUUUGAUUAUGAUUUAACUGGGAUAUGUGAGAUUGAAAAGUAUAGCUUGCAGGAAUAUCUUGCCAGAUUUAAAGGCAUGAUUCUUACCUGCAAUGGACUUGGCAUCAACCAAACCGACAGAUGGUCACAACAAUUGAUUGAAAAUUUUGAAUCCCUAGAUAAAUAAGGGUUCUCAAUAUCAAUUUCAGCCAGCGGAGUUAUGAAUAUGAAUAUGCAAACGUGUCUAUUUCCUUUAACAAUUAGAGGGUACGAAAUAUGGGUCAGUCUAACCCUGCCCUUAAAUUCCAUCCCACCCGGUUUCAGUGAGAUUUGAAACCUCCAUAUUUUGGGUACCCAAUGAUCAAUUGCCAAAACAUAAACAACCUGGUGUGAUUGAAUCAUACUGUAAUAUACGCUACAUCCAUGUGUACGGUUUAGAACGAUCUGUUAUGAACCUUUACGCCCUUGUGCAAGAUUUCUUCCAUGCAUCUUCCCUCUUAGUGUGUUUACCUAGUAGGUAAUAUGUUGCCAUUUCCUUGUAUAUUUGAUCUCACUUAUCA